AUUUAAAUGUAAAACUUAGGCCCAAGGCCAACUUAAUUUCUAGUGUAUUGGAAGGAAAACAAGCAAAUGAGCGCCAAUUCUCUGCUUUCUGCCUUAAAUCUCGCCAAACCCUCGUUUGAGCAAAUCUGCUCCUCUUAUAGCGAACUCCUCAAGUUCCCUCUCGGACAGAAUCAAAAUCGAUUCCUCUAUUGAUUCCCAAGAAUGAUGGAAUCAAAAAUCACGGAAGUGUCAGGGCGAAAAUCUUCUGAUAUAAUUAGCAACCUUCCAGGCGAUGUGAUUAAUGCCAUUUUAAUGUGUUUGCCCCUGCGAGAUGCUGUUAGGACUAGUAUCUUGUCCAGGAAAUGGCGGUAUAACUUGGUCAAACUUCCAAAACUAACACUUGAUCACACACUGUGGAAAGAAACCAAGCAAAACAUAUCAACUCCUAGAGUUAAAUUUGCAGUGAUUCUCUAUCAGCUCUUGUCACUUGACCAAUUACUAAGUGUAUAAUCUCCAUUCCUGAUCUGAAAGACUGCCCUGAGAUUGACAACUUGAUGUUUUUCCUGUCAAAGAAUGGGGUCGAGUCUCUCGUUCUUGAACUUCCGGAGGGUGAAAAAUACAAAUUGCCCUCUGCAGUUUUCAGGUGUUCAAAGAUGAGGUAUUUGGUUCUUCACCAUUGUCUAAUCAAUCCAUCACCUUCCUUUGAAGAAUUUAGUAGGCUAAUUUGCCUGAAAUUGUUUAACGUCACUAUUUCUGCCAAAUCGCUCGAGAAUUUAAUCUCUUGUUGCCCACUUCUCGAGUGUCUGGAGCUGGAAAUCUCAGACCCCUUGAACUUUAUCGAAGUCAAUGCUCCUCAAUUAAGAUACUUUUACUUUGGAAGCAAAAUAAAUUCUUUAUGUUUCAAGAAUACCACUCUUCUUGCUGAUGUUGCAAUAGCGACUGGACAUCCUUUAGAUCAUGUAUCUUCUGUGGAGAGAGGAAAAUGUGAUUUUGGCGAGUUUUUUGGUUCCUUGUCUGCUGUUAAGGAUCUCCGCUUGGAUAUAUGUAUUAUCAAGGCCAUGAUAGCAGGACUAGAUGAAAUCCCAGUAAGGCUUCCCAUGCCUCUUCUCUGUCUUCGACAGCUUUACCUGUUUGAUAUUUGUCUAAGUGGAUUUGAUGAAGUUUGCUGUCUUCUUUGCUUGAUUAGAAGCUCCCCAUAUUUAGAAGAAAUUGAAAUUGAGGCAUUUAAUGACAAAGGAGAUGAACUUCCUGCUCAGGAAUUUUUGGAAGCUGAAUACUAUUCUGACAUAAAGUUGAAUCACCUUACCAAAGUUAAACUGAAAGCAAUUAGUGGCACAAAGCCUGAGAUUGAAUUGAUCAAGCUUCUGUUGGCCAAGUCUCCGGUGUUGGAGACAAUGAUUAUUGAGACUUGCACAUUAUCUAAGGAAACAUUGAUCGAUAUAAUGAAACAGGUUACGAAAUUCGGAAGGUCGUCAUCACCUCGAGCAGAAGUCAUCUUUUAAGUUGGAAAUGUUAAUCUGUGACUGUUGACCGUCUUUUUGGAGUUUGCCUCGGUAGGUUUAGUUUACUAUUAUGGGAAGUCAAAUGUAAACAAACUUAUAGACUCUAAAAUGCCUUUUGGGUCAAAUGCUUAUGUAACCUUAAAGGCCCCGCCCUGUUUGCCAUCCUCACUUAUAGAGCCGGUUUGGAUUAGCUGGAAAAAAAUAGCUUUUAAGCACAACUGCUUAAAAGCAGCUUUUAAGUGCAGAAGCUUGUUUUAUAAAUAAGUAGUUACGUGUUUGGAUAAAAGUGUUAGAAACUUAAAAAAAGUUGUUGAAGUGUUUGGUAAACAAGAAGCAUUUUUUUCUGUUAAAAAGACAAAAAUAUUGCCUAAAACAAAUCAAGAACCUACAUCUUCCUCUGCUUAUUAUAUAACAUUCUGCCAAACAUCGAUUUCUACAUAAGCGGACCAUCACCAAACAUAAAUCUUGCAAAAUGAUUGUUACCAUAUUUUUUUUAAAAAUGCAAAGCCUUAUCCCAGGUUUGGGAUAAUCCGGAUAUUCCCAUACCUCAAAGAAAAAGCAUAUAAAGAAGAUUGAUUUCCACCGAAAACUUGAGUGAAGAUGAAGGAGAAGAAGAAGAAAGAAGAUGAGCAGAGGCUUAAAAAAUGAAGAAAGUGGGAGUAGUUCGAUGUUUUAGGAUUUAUUUGAUAAGGGUAGUUUUGGGAUUAGUAAAAGUUAUAAGGGACAAGUAAGUAAUUUCAUUGGUCAAAAUAAGAUUGCUUUUAAGCCAAAAACGGAGAAGUUAGGGUCAGCCAACUUGUGGCUUUCGGCUUUUUUAAGCCCUUUUUAACUUUUUUAAGCAGUUUUCUUAUUUGCCAAACACUUCAAAAAUCUAAAACAGGCUGAUAGUGCACAACCAUGCCGACUAUAUAUGACUCGUGCAAAACUUAGUUGAACCCUGAUGGGUAAAUGCUUAUGUAAAAUUAACUUGUCAGUGAGUAGAUGCUCCUUUAAAUAGCUAAGAUGGACAGAAGCAGAGGUCUCUUUGAGUAAUUACUUAAGUAAUAUAGUUACACAUGCCAUAAUCUAAGGAUCCGUUUGGCCAUAGAUUUUGCCAAAAUAAAUUUGGGUUUUAUUUGGCAAACAUAUGUUUG